UCCCAAAAGCAAAGGUCCAGCCACGUGGGAAAAAGAUGAACGUUAUUGCGACAAAAUCCAACGCGGUGAUUUGGCCAAUAAACUCUUGGACUUCAUGGACAUGUCUGUCCUCGAUUUCCUGAUACAGAAUACAGACAGACAUCACUUCUUUCUUGCUGCCGGGGAUCCUGACGCGUCGGUGAUACCAGUAGACAAUGGUAGAAGUUUUGGGGAUCCUGAUAUUGAUUACAUGGACAUUUUGGCUCCAGUCUUACAGUGCUGCAGGAUCCGGGCGGCGACGCGCGCGCGGCUGGUCCUGCUGAGCGGCGGCGGGCUGUCCCGGGCCCUGAGGGAGCUCCUGGGCCUCGACCCGCUCGCCCCCGUGCUCGCCGACGCCCACCUCCGCGCCCUGGACCGCCCCCUCGCCCCGUCCUCCCCCGCCCUCAGCGCCUGA